AUGGGCUACAAAACCAACUAUGAGCCUUACAGGAGUCAAAGCCUGGAUAUGAGGCAAGACCUCUCCUCAGAGGAACUUCUCUAUCCAUUGGGGGAUCUCUAUCCACACGUCGUGGCCCUUCAACUACAAUCCGAGGACAACCCAUGGUCCAAAAACUUCCCUGGCUAUCCAGAUACUCCACAACCUCCAGAUUUGUCACCCGCAUCCGGCGACUUCUCAAUAGAGAUGAGUUGCGCCGACGCUCGAGUGCUUAAACUUGUCUUCACCGAAAGAACUUUUACCUCUCAUUUAACCGCAGCAAGCGAAUACCCUCCUGUCUAA